AUGCUUUUGGGAAAUGCACCCCAGAAGACUGUUUCCCUCCGUGUUACUCCAGAUGAAUGGGAGAAGCACCAGUAUGUUUGUGUGGUGGAGCACGAGACAGGGACUAUACAGAGGAAUCUGACUGAGGACGAGAUCAAGAGUAACUACAGCCAGUGUGAGCAAAACAACUCAUCAGUCAACGCUAAAGCCACGCUCUACUUGGACUUCACCUGGCGUGAGUGUGAGACUGAGGGGUUUAGAGGGAAUUAUAGAGCUCCUGAAGUGUCUCUGUUACAUAAGGACCCCUUCUCUCCAGUAGUGUGUCAUGCCACAGAUUUCUACCCAUCAGCAGUGAAUAUCACCUGGUUAAGAAAUGGAGAAGAUCACGAUGAGGAUGUGGAGCUUGGAGAGCUACUACCAAAUGAAGAUGAGACCUUCCAGAAGACUGUUUCCCUCCGUGUUACUCCAGAUGAAUGGGAGAAACACCAGUAUGUUUGUGUGGUGGAGCACGAGACAGGGACUAUACGGAGGAAUCUGACUGAGGACGAGAUCAAGAGUAACUACGAGAGGCACACCUUCACCAUAGCUUACACUGAAAUAAAUGGACAGACGAUUGCUGGAUUCCCAGAGAUUUCUGCUGUAACUACACUGGAUGGACAGCAGAUUGAUUAUUAUGACAGUGUGACAAAGAAGCUGAUUCCCAAACAGGACUGGAUGAAGGAGUUUGCAUCUGAAGACAUCUGGGAAGUAUACACUGAGAUCAGAGAACGAGUGCAGCAGAUCAACAAAAUCAACAUUACUGUUCUAAUGCAGCAAUUAAAUCAGUCACAUGGUGUUCAUGUGUAUCAGAGGAUGUAUGGAUGUGGUUGGGAUGAUGAGACUAAUGAGUCAGAUGGGUUUGAUCAGCACGGUUAUGAUGGAGAAGAUUUUAUCACACUGGACCUGAAGGAGCUCAGAUACAUCUCAGCUUUACCACAGGGAAUAUCCACAGUGAUGAAGUGGAACAAUGACACUGAACAACUUGAAUUACUGAAACAAUACUGCGAUAAAGACCGCAUUGACUGGAUCAAAUAUUUCUUGACAUUAGGGAAAGAGGCUUUGACUAGAAGAGUCUCUCCUUCAGUGUCUCUGAUACAGAAGAAUCCCUUCUCUCCAGUAGUGUGUCAUGCCACAGGUUUCUACCCAUCAGCAGUGAAUAUCACCUGGUUAAGAAAUGGAGAAGAUCAUGAUGAGGAUGUGGAGCUUGGAGAGUUUCUACCAAAUGAAGAUGGGACCUUCCAGAAGACAUCUACCCUCAAUAUCUAUCCAGACAAGUGGGAGAAGCACCAGUAUGUUUGUGUGGUGGAGCACGAGGGGAUGACCAUCCAGAAGAAUCUGACUGAGGACGAGAUCAAGAGAAACAAAAUUUCUCCAGACAACUUGAAGAUGAACCAGUAUUUUUGUGUGGUGGAGCACAAUGGAAAGACCGUCCAGAAGUGAUCAAGAGUAAUGAAUAAACCAAAGUUUGAACAGAAAAUCGGUCAAAAUAAAAAGCUGACCUGCAGUGACAAAAAUCUU